AUGGCUACAUCUAUUACUGACUCUCAAGGUAAAUUGAACGAACUCCUGGAAAGUAUCAGACAAGAGUUCAAUAAUGUCUCUCAGGAGGCUAACUCUUACCGUCUACAAAAUCAAAAGGAUUUUGAUUAUAAGAUAAAUCAAAAUCUAGCAGAAAUGCAACAAAUUAGAAAUACUGUAUAUGAAUUAGAAUUGUCUCAUAGAAAGUUAAAAGAUUCUUACCAAGAGGAAAUAAAUAGAUUGAAAUUAGAAAUCUCACAAAAAGAUCAACAGAUUGCAACAUUAAGUCAACAACAACAAUUGCAACCUCAGCAACCUCAGCAACAACCAGCUCCAUCACAGCCACAACAACUCCCUGUCCAACCUCAAGUUCCUCAACUACCUCAGGUUCAAUCUCAAACUCAAUUACCUCAAGUUCAGUCAGUCGCACCUGAUGCACAUGGAGUUCAGUUACCAGCUACCAACAUUGGUGCUGCUAAGGCACCUGAAGUUAUCCGUCCUUUAAACCAAGGUCAAGGUAAUGGCCCAACUUUAGCUCCCUUGAUUAGCGCAUUGGGUUCACAAUUACAACAACCACAAACUAAUGACCAAGAAGCUUCUAAGAUCGCUCCUGCUCCAAUCCCACCGAUCACUACAACUGAAUCCAGCCAAUCAACAGCUACACCAACUAUGCCUUCAAUUGUUCCCGUGGUGACUGGUGACAGUACAUCUCCAACUUCUACCGUUGAUAAGACCGAAGCAACAGCUCCAGAAACCAAGACUGAAAAGGAAAUCAAACCGGAAGAACCUAAACCAACCAGUAAUGAUCAUUAUUUAGUCCCAUAUGACCAAAGAGCUAGUCAAGUUAAACCAAUUCCACCAUUUUUGUUAGAUUUAGACUCUCAACAAGUACCUGAUAACUUGAAGAAGCAAGCAGAAGAUUACUAUGUUCUAUAUAACCCAGCUUUACCACGUUCUGUUGAUGUUGAUUUAUUAUUUUCUUUGGAUCACACUUCCGUUGUUUGUUGUGUUAAGUUCAGUAACGACGGUGAAUAUUUAGCCACUGGUUGUAACAAGACAACCCAGGUCUACAAGGUCUCCACGGGUGAAUUGGUUGCCAAGUUAAUGGAUGACAAUGCGAACCCUGUCUCAGGUACUUCCAGCUCUGAAGAGAAUGGUAGUACUGGCUCUGGUAAUGGUAAUACAUCAUCCGCUGACCUGUAUAUCCGUUCAGUUUGUUUCUCUCCAGAUGGUAAAUAUCUUGCUACUGGUGCUGAAGAUAGAUUGAUUAGAAUUUGGGAUAUCGCUCAAGCCAAGAUUGUUAUGGUACUACAAGGUCAUGACCAAGAUGUCUACUCUUUGGAUUACUUCCCAUCCGGUGAUAAAUUAGUUUCAGGUUCUGGUGACAGAACUGUUAGAAUGUGGGAUUUAAAGACUGGUCAAUGUUCUUUAACUCUAUCCAUCGAAGAUGGUGUUACUACUGUGGCAGUUUCUCCAGGCGAUGGUAAAUAUAUUGCAGCUGGUUCUCUAGAUCGUGCUGUUAGAGUAUGGGAUUCAGAAACAGGUUUCUUAGUAGAGAGACUAGAUUCUGAAAAUGAAUUAGGCACAGGACACAAGGAUUCUGUCUACAGUGUCGUAUUUACCAGAAACGGUAACAAGGUUGUCUCAGGUUCUCUUGAUAGAACUGUAAAAUUAUGGAAUCUUCGUAAUUCUAGUGGUACCUCUAACGCUGCUGAUGCCAACCAAACUUCAAAGACUACAAAUGGUACAUGUGAAGUCACAUAUGUAGGACAUAAGGAUUUCGUAUUAUCAGUAACGACAACGGCAAAUGAUCAAUACAUUCUAUCAGGUUCGAAAGAUCGUGGUGUUCUAUUCUGGGACACACCUACAGGGAAUCCACUUCUAAUGCUACAAGGCCAUAAAAACUCUGUCAUAUCGGUUGCCGUUGCUAACGGUAAACCAUUAGGUGAACAAUAUGAAGUUUUUGCUACUGGUAGUGGUGAUUGCAGGGCAAGAAUCUGGAAAUUCUCUAAAACUAACAGUCAUGAUGAACAAAACAAAAUAUCCGAAGUUUGA